UAUAUACUCGAUAGUUGGGUGACCAUGUCAUGUACAGUAUCGAUACCAUGCGCUUUCAACUACUCGAUAAUUUGUAAGCAAUGGACAACAAUGAAAUUAAGGACAAUUUAUGCCCGCCAGCUACGAAAAAGAUCAAAAUUGACAAUUUUGGCAUAAAAGCAAUACUCUCCGAUGACUACAAAAAGGACAUAGAGCUGAUGCAGGUGCACAGCUGUCAAUUGGAGAGUAAACAACAGCUGCAAGCAGUCAUCAAAGAGCUCGCCCUGAAGCUGCCACAUUUCCAGCACUUGAAGCGCGUUCAUGACAGAAAUGUGUUAAUAUGUCCAUCAGAUGAUAUUAAAGAGACACUGGAGCAGCACUUGAAGCUACAUCAGAUCUCCGAUAAUGUUUUAAAGGCCCUCUGCCGCAAUGUGAAUGUAAUUGAGGUGCCUGCCAGUUCGGCCAAGCUGCGUGUGCAAUACGAAAAAAUGAGCAAAUAUUGGCCAUGCAAAUUUCACCCGGAUAAAUAUGCCGAAUCCUUGCAGAAUGGCAGUAAUUUUACAGACAGUCAAAGAGCAUACCACAAGCGAAUGGCCGAGCUGCUAUGGAAGCUAUCGAAGGAUGUGAGCAAGGGACAAAACGUGGGCAUUUGCGUAGACCCACGAAGGCCGAGCAUUGUGGCCAUAGCAGCUGCAGGCGACGGCAGCAGUCAUCAGCAUUGCGUAAUGUGGCUGGUGGAUCAUGUAGCGCGCAGUCAACGUGGCGGCGCCUGGCAAUCGGAUGUGGAAUUCGUCAAAGACGAACCGCAUACAAAGAGCACCUUGAGUGGCUUGCCACAAAUCUUUUACGACUAUCUAAAGCAAGACGCAGCUUGUCAGGAUUUAAGCCUAGGCGCUGAGCUGCCCAGGAGAGAGGAGCAGCAGCAGCAGUCAGAGGCAGUUGUUGAGGAUAUCCAUGCUGAUAAUCUAUGCAAAUACGGUCCUUACUUGUGCACCGGCUACGAUGUCUACUUGCUGCGUGAGCCCUGCCUGAUGUGCUCCAUGGCGCUGGUGCACAGUCGCGUCAAGCGCAUCUUCUUCCUCGAGCAAUCCGAGAAUGGCGCACUGACCAGUAAAUUCCAACUGCACGCAGUCAAGGAACUGAAUCAUCACUACGAAGUCUUCCAAUUUACGAUGUGACAAAGCUGCUUCAAGAAAAACUUUUGAUUCUUUUACUAGUUUAAUGCAGUGAAUAGAUAUUUUGUGUAGAUCUUUAGAGCAACGUCUCGAUUCGUGGUGCGUUGAAUUCCACUCGUGGGUUCGAUUGACGCGUGGGCGUGGCGAUCAGUCCCAGCAGCUGGCAAUCAGCCUCGAGUAUAGUUAUAUCCUUGCUGGAGCCGAGGAAUCGAGUGGAUAGCUCCAGAUCCUUGACGCGCAGACGAACGCGUGCGCCGCGCACAUAGUCGCUAGACAAACAGAAUUUUAUAACGAUUUAAGCAUAAAUAAAAUACUUAUUUGAUAUAUA